GGGCGUUGCCUGUUUCCAGGAAGUGUGCGCCCGCAGUGCGGCGGAGCCGCGUCUCACUUGAGCGAGCGGCGCUUUUCGGUGCGAACGCGUCCGGAAGGCGGUGGAAAUGGGCGACGACGAGGAGAAGUUCGACGGGAUGCUGCUGGCCAUGGCGCAGCAGCACGAGGGCGGAGUGCAGGAGCUCGUCAACACCUUCUUCAGCUUCCUGCGUCGCAAGACGGACUUCUUCACGGGGGGCGAGGAGGGAGCUGCGGAGAAGCUGGUGAAGGAGACCCUGACCCACCACAGCCAGCUGGCGCUCAAGGCCCACAGGGAGAAGCGGGAGAAGGCGGAGAGGGCGGCCAGGCUGGCGGCGGAGGAGGCGGCGGACGGCAGGAAGGCCGAGAAGCGGAAGGAGGAGGAGGAGGAGGAGGAGAAGAAGGAGGACGACGAGCCCAGGAUCAAGGAGCUGACUGAGGAGGAGGCGCGGACGCUGCAGCGCGAGAUCGACCGGAAGAAGCAGCGGGAGAAGAUGGAGACGGAGGCGCGGAGGAGCAAAGCGGAGACUCCGGCGGAGGACCCGAGCAAACGGUCGGACUCGGAGGGGGAGGAGGACGAGAAGGACAAGGGGAAGCUGAAGCCCAACGCGGGAAACGGCGCCGACCUGCCCGGCUACCGGUGGACGCAGACGCUCUCGGAGGUGGACCUGCUGGUGCCCUUUGACGUCAAGUUCCGCCUGAAGGGGAAGGACGUGAUCGUGGACGUGCAGCGGCGCAGCCUGCGGGUGGGGCUCAAGGGGCAUCCGCCCGUCAUCGACGGGCAGCUGUACAACGAGGUAAAGGUGGAGGAGAGCUCGUGGCUCAUCGAGGACGGCAAGAUGGUCACCGUCCACCUGGAGAAGAUCAACAAGAUGGAGUGGUGGAGCAAGCUGGUCACCACCGACGCCGAGAUCAACACGAAGAAGAUCUGCCCGGAGAACUCCAAGCUCUCGGACCUGGACGGCGAGACGCGCAGCAUGGUGGAGAAGAUGAUGUACGACCAGAGGCAGAAGUCCAUGGGCCUCCCCACGUCGGACGAGCAGAAGAAGCAGGACAUCCUCAAGAAGUUCAUGGAACAGCACCCAGAGAUGGACUUCUCCAAGGCCAAGUUCAGCUGAGACGCCUAGGACCUCCUGCAGCGCACCUUCCGUCCCGACCCGGGAAGACGAGAUGAAUAAACGGAUUGACGGUUUCUUUCCCUCUGGCUCCAGCGCGUGUCUGUGUGACGGCUUACUUGCCUGUGUCUGUCCCUGUGUGUGUAUGUGUUUUUUUUUUGUUUUUUUUUUUUUUUUUUUUUAAAUUUUAAAUAAAAUCUUUGAAAUGUCC